UGCGCGUGCUGGGCCGUUGACCUUUGACCUGCGGGACCUGCGUAUCGGGCUCGUGUGUAUCGCAACUGGGUCGAAAUUUGUCAGUCUUUUCCAGUUUGUUACGGAGAAUAUGUAUUGAGCUAUCUGCUUACAAUCUUGGGCCCUGAUCUUGGGCAUUUAUUUGCGAUGGAUCAAGCUUCAGAGAUGGCCGAGAAGAUUACCAAGCCGGGAGCCGUCAUGGAAAUCUGUGCCAUGGAUCCCAAGCCCUUCCCAAUCAGCAUAAAACCGAAGCCGCUCUGUGAUUUUACUGGGGUUUUAUUGUGCAGCACGACGCUGCCCAACAUGUCUCUGACGGCCGACUGGGCGGCGCGGCUGAAGGAGCUGGACGCCGGCGCGCCCAUCACCGACCUGCUCACUGACCGGCUCACCACCUCCUCUGCCGCCGUCAACAUCGACAUGUGCGUGGUGUGCGGCGACCGCGCCUCGGGACGACACUACGGCGCCAUCAGCUGCGAGGGCUGCAAGGGAUUCUUCAAGCGCUCCAUCCGCAAACAGCUGGGCUACCAAUGCCGCGGCACAAAGGACUGCGAGGUGACCAAGUACCACCGGAACCGCUGCCAGUACUGCCGACUGCAGAAGUGUCUCAAAAUGGGGAUGCGCAGCGACCUGAAGGACCUGCGCAGCCAGGGCUACCAGCGCUACUACGAGAGCCUGCCGCACCUAGCCGCAGAGGUCCGGACGCCGCGCGCCGAGUCGGGCAACGGCAGCCGCAAUUCUCCAGACAUGUCAAAUCCACGCUUCACGCUUCAGGACCGAAUCAACUCCAUCAUGGAGUCGAAUGUGGUGCAGCGAGGAUAUGGCAAGAUACAAGGAAAAAGUAAGACUCAGCCAGUUUAUGGAGUCGGCUCCGGCGCCGUGUCGCCAGUCCCGGAGAACGGUCGGACGGAGGGCGGUCCGGCGGCCGCCGCGCCCCCGCCGCCCCUCUCCGCGGCCGCCUCCGACGAGCGCGACAAGGAGGCGGUCGGCCGCGUGGUGGAGCGUCUGACCCGCAUCCUGGAGUCGGACGAGGGCGACGGCGGCGACUCUGGCGUGGUGGCGCUGGAGGGCGCGCUGCUCGAAGGCGCGCCGCUGGCCUUCUCGGUGACGCCGCCGCCGUUCAGCGGCACGCUCGACUCGUCCUACAUCACAGAGAUCGGCUCGCGUGUGCUCAUCACCAUCGUCAAUUGGGCCAAGAGCAUCGCCGCCUUCCAGGUGCUGGCCUCGGACGUGCAGGAGAGCCUGGCGCGCGCGCGCUGGGCCGAGCUGUUUAUGCUGGCGCUGGUGCAGUGUCGCGAGGCGCUGGACCUGCCGCGGCUGCUGACGGCUGUCACACACCACCUGUCCACCUCCGUCCACGAGAGGAAGACGCCCGUCUCGCGGCUCCGACUGGUCACGCAGCACCUGUACAUGAUCCAGGAGUUUGUGGCCAGCGUGCGGCGGCUCUCACCGUCUGCCGCCGAGCUGGCGCACCUGCGCGCCAUCGUGCUGUUCCACCCGGACGGCCAGGAGCCGGCCUCGCGCCGCCAACUCGAGCUGUUCCAGAGCAAGGCGCUGGAGGGCCUGCGCCAGCUGACGGCCGAGCGGAGCGCAGAGCCCGACCGGCUGGAGCAGCUGCUGCUGCGGCUGCCGGCGCUGCGCGGCAUGAGCCCGCUGGCCGUCGACCACCUGUUCUUCCCGGAGAUCCCGCUGACGGGGCCCGUGUCGGCCAACCAGGCGCGAAUUGAGGAGCUGCUGCCGCACAUCAUCCGCGGAGACGCCGACGAUAUCGGCGGCACCGAACAGUCGAGCCCCAGCGGCGACUCGCCCUGCUCAGAAAACCCCUCCGAGUGAGUCGCCCGGCUCAGUGACGCGUCCAGGACUCCAGGAGUCCGCUCCGAGUCGGCUCCGAGUCCGGACUCGGCGCCCGGGCCGGACCUCAGGCUGUCGUUUCGGCGCUGAUCUCCGGUGUCCUGCUCCGGCCCAGUCCGGCGGGUCGGCCGGACUCGGAGGUUGUACUGGAGUGUGUGUGGCCGUGCGAGGUCCGGUUGCCCCUCUCUCCGGGGGCGUUCCGGACCCGCUCGGUGAUUGAGGGAACAACGAGCCGGCGUCAGAGUGGAGGCCGGCGCCCGCUCACCGCCGGCCGGCCGGCCAGCCGCCGCCGCUCGGCCGCCACCGGGCUGCUUAUUUUUGUACCUGCUCCAUAAGGCGCGGCGCACGAGGCGGCGGCGGCCGGCCCUGACCCGGCACCACUGUACAAAAUGGCGCCCCCGCUGGCGUGAUAGGUCGGCGACGACCCGCCGGCCGCGCGGUUUUUCACCCGGCGGCCCUUUUUAAACGUGAUUCGCAUUAUCCAUAUCUCGAUUUGGGCAUCAGUGCGGAACGCAGUGUCCGAGUGUUAGGCGACGUUCGUUUUUAUUCCCAUUUCGUGCAUGUUUUCUUCGAUUAUCACUCACGCGAGCGCUUGUGUUGUUUGUACAGAACAAGGGAAGUGAACAUCUUUUAUGGUCUUGUUUUGUUUUAAUGCAUAUUUUUACACGGAAAUUGACAGUGAAAUUUGCGGUGUUUUUAAAAUCGGUGCGUAAUUGUGCAUGUUUUCACGGUGUUCCUGCGGUCCACAGAUGGAUAUUUCUAGUCCCAGCAUGCCUACAUUUGUAUGAAGUGACUGUAAAUACAUUCAGAGAACAUCA